UGAUGAGGGCCGAGCCGAGCCGGGCUCACGGCUGAAGUAAACUGGGAGGGCAGGGGAGCCGAAGCGGAGCCGAAGCGAGCCCGAAGCCGCUCCGAGUCCCGAACGCUGGCCGAAGUGGCGCAGGGAAAUUCCAGCGAAGCAAGGCAGGCUUGCCGGGCUGCCUCAGCGCCGAGCCGAGCGCGCCAUGGCGAACGGCGAACAGUGAAGCUAGUGCAUGGCAUGAGAGAGCACGUCCCUACGUAGCGUCGUGGAGGCAGCGCUGAGAUGGUGUACCCGGCAGUUCUUCGCAACUUCCCUGGAUGCUGAAUACGGCCGAUAUGUGGUGUGAUGUUCAGCGCCCCGCUGCCACCCACCUACCACCACCAGCAGUUCCCAGAGGUCCCCUUGGGCAUGCCCAUGGUGAACGGUCACGGCUACCCCGGCGCGGGCGCGGGGGCGGGAGCGGCCACCCCUUACCGGGUGCCCGAGCCCACGGCCUACGAGCAGAACUUCCGUGAGCUCACCACGCCUCUACGGCCAACCCCUUUCCCUAGUCCAGCCCACCCGGGCUGCGAUGCCGACUCCGGGCUCGGAGAUGACGACUCGACCCGGGGCAUCAAUUGGGGCUCGGUGCUGUCACUGUCGUCGCAGUCCGACCUGGAUCCGCUCAACAACAACGAGCUGUUUCCGACGUCGCCCUCCCCGACGCUUUCGCCUUCACCGCCCUCGCCGGCGCCCUCAGCACACUCCAAUUCGGACUCGCUAGGGCUGCUGGGCGACGAGGACCUUGGCCACGAGUUUGAUGACUUUCUGCCGUCGUGGAAACUGACCCCACUGAGCGCGGACGACCUGCUGAAGAGCGUCCCUUGCGGACCCUCCGCUAAUGUGAAUCACCCUGGUGAGGGGGAACUAGACUCUAUAAUGCAUGUCCUCGUUGGCUCAUAGUGUCACGUGUUCUGUCACGCUCCUCAAAACAAAGUACCUGCUUUUUUCAAGAAAAUCAAAUUCCAAUCUUAUUAAUACAUAGGAAAAGAAUUUUCUAACGUUCAUUUGUUUUUCGUUGUAGAUUUUUAAGAAAAAGGUGUUGAGCUAGGCUAUCUGUCAGUGAAAGCAAAGUCGUUUUAUGGAAGUACAGUGGUUGUGAUGGGGAAUAUCCCAAUUUGUUAAACAUACUCAUGCUGGACUGACUUUUUACACACCGGGUGUAUGUUAUUACUUUGAUGUGUUGUAGUCACAGUCCACACUGCGCUGCCUGUAUUGAAGAGAGAAAAUUAUUUACUAGUGCAAUUUGCAUGGUCUCAAAAUAUUUGGGUUUGAAUGGUUUACCAAGUGUUGUUGCUUUCUGUUUUAAUUUUGCUGAUUCAUUAUAUAGUACCUGAAGAAAAAUGUAGUUUGUCAAGGCUUGUUCUUAGUUUCUUCUGCUACAUUCUCUCUUCUAACUCUCUCAAAGAUACUUCAAAUUUGACUGAACAGUAUUGUUGUCUUUUGUUUCCUUUAGAGAAAAAUCAAUCUUAAACUGGCUUGUUUUGACAGCAAUUGUUCAGACAAAAAUCGCAUUAUGUAUUCUGUCCUAAGAGAGAACAAAUCACACUUACGUUCUUCAGAGUGCUCAAGUUAUGCUUUGUUAAUUCUUACUUAUUGGCUCAUGUUCUUAUUUCUAUUUUAAAUAAUUUUGAAUGCCAUGGAAGUUAUUGUUGAAGCCAUUUGGUAAUGGAAUAUUAAGAUUUUAAUUUGCACUGUAAAAUUAUUUUGUGUAUUCAAAAGUACAGUAACCUGUAUGAAGGUGAAGUGAGACUCUAUUUUUUUAAAGGGGCAUGAGGGCAUAACUCAAGUAGGAGAAAAGUUUUGUGUGAUUUCCAACAGCGAAAAGUAUGGCUUAAACAAUAGUAUUUUUGUGGACAGUUGUCAGAACGUCUUUUAAAGAGUGUCAGCUUCAUAGUAUUUGACUUUGAUUUUACAUACGAAGUAUAUUCUUUCCUAUUCAGAAUCUGUCAGUCUCAUUUGGAUCUUUGUUAGAGAAAUGUUCUAAAUGGGUCUUUAUCGGACUACUUUUGAAGUAACUCUGAAAAUGGAGUUGGUUUACUUAACUGGAAAUCACCUUUGAUCUCAUUUACAUGAAAUGACGUAACUUAAAUCCAUUGAACUAAAUUUGUGUCCAUUGUUAUAAUUGAUCUUUUGUUAUUGUUUACUUAAUUUUAAAUCAUUCACAUUCUAGGUGCAGUAAUGCUAUUACGUGGUUUCUGUGGCCAUUGACAUGUUUCAGAAACCAUUUACUUACCAAGCCAUUGUGAUCAUGUAAUUACUGUGUUUUCAAAAUCAAUGGUUGUGGAAUGUCCUUCUCAUUCAUAGAUGAAAACGGUUCUUUGUGUUCUUGGAGUAGCUCUUUGUAAAUAGUUGUGUUAUAUAUA